AUGCAUGAAAAUGAGCUGUCUGAAGCUCAACGUGAAAGAAGUAUCAGUACAUAUGUGAGUGGUAUCAAGCAAACGCUUAUUUUAACUCAGCUUUGUAUUCCCACUAGCACUGUCAACAAUACUAUAAAAGAUAUAAAGAAACAGAUUCUUAAUAUAAUAAGCAGAUUAAACUCUAGUCUUGAUACCAUAUUGCAUAAUAAUACUGUUAGAAAAUACCUUAAUAAUGAAGGUCUUGGUAGCUAUGUCAUUCUUAAAUUUGGUGGUAGUUCAGUAAUGUUUUGGGGUUGUUUUGGUUGGCAUGGAGUUAGACCUUUGGUUGUAAUAGAAGGAAGUAUGGAUUCUGAUACAUAUAUCAAUAUUCUUGCUAACUACUUCAUACCAUGG